AUGACCUCUUCUCAAACCCAAAGCCCUCAAGAGAUGGGUUCAACUAAUGUGGUGUUUAGGACGCAAAUGCGAUUUGACCACUCCUAUUUGAAAACUAUACCGGGGAUAGUUAAAGCUGCUGUUAUUGUUUUAAAUCUUCUAGGUUUUAUAUGCAUUCAGUCCUCAGCGUUCUGGUCUAACUCGCGAGGUGUGUAUUUCAAUGUGGUGUCUCAGAUGGGGCUUUGGUUUACGGGGAUUUUGCUUCUGCUCUAUUUAUUCCAUGUGGUGGAAAAGUUCCACAACUUCAUGUGGCUUAAAGUAGAAAUGAUUGGAUGUGCGGUGCUGACAUUCUUGUAUCUGAUAGCUUCAACUAUUGUUGUUGCAUUCGGAUCAGCUGCAUAUUCUGCUGCCGGGUUCUUUGGCUAUCUAGCGAUGGUGUUGUAUGGUUUUGACUCGUUUCAAAAGUUCCGUGAUAUUCGUGCGGGUGCACUUGCUCAAGGGGAAUGUGUUCAGACCAAGCAGCAGCACGUCACAACCCCUCCAGCCCUGCCCUAG